CCAUUCUGUUUUUCAACACUUCUCUGUGUAUUCCCAUUUUACAUUCACUGGGUGAAACUUCAAAUCAAUUGCCAAUUCAUGUCUGACAUGACAAUUCUCAUUCUUAGAUUGCUUAGUUGUGGGAUUCAGCAAAGAAGCUCCUGUCUAAUGACCAACAACAAGCAGAUUUGUAAAAGGGAUCAUUUUAUAGCUCUGUACAAAUUGUACUUAUAGUAACAGUGACAUUUUUGCGCAGAAUAGAUCUGCCUAGUCUCUUGUGGUUAAGGCACUGAAUGGACCGCGUCAACAGGGAUUUUACUACUAAAGUACUCUGUUUUUUUAGUGGAUGUCAGGUGUAUAUCUGUAGCAUUGAGUCAGUUUUUAAUGUGAACAUGCUGCUUCAUUCAGAAAGGCCAAAAGUCAUAAACAACCUGCAGUCCUGUGCAAGUCUUAAACCAUUAUACUGUAUGAAUUAUCUCGUAUGCUGAAAUUACUAUGAAUUAUUAGAAAGUCUGGUAGGUUGGGGGUAGGGUUGUCCGAUAAUGACUUUUUAACUGAUAUCCCGAUACUGUCCAACUAAAAAAAAAAAAAAGUGAUACCGAUAUCAAACCGAUAACUGUAUAUGCGUUCGUGAACUUAUCAUAUUAUGGCUCAUUGUAUUGUGAUGCCCCAUUGGAUGUUUUAGUAAUGAAAUGAUGAUGUUAAUAACUUCAACAACUUCGACUGAGGUUAUGGGGGAAGUGCGUAUAUUGCACCACUAUAUUUAUUGUGGAGAUCAAAAUAGUGCAAACAUCAGUUUUUUAAAUCAAGAGAAACUACAAGGUGCCAAUAAGGCCCCUUUUCUGCCCUCAAUGUGUGUGUGGGUACACAAAUCAAAAGAUUGAAAACAAAUCAGGCUGUAAGGAGAAGUCAGACUCUGGAGUAAAGUUGAAUUGGCUUGACUGUGGUCAUCUUUCUCUUGACAAGAGCACGGAUACUUUUUUGUAAAACUAAAGACAACAAAACGUGUCAAUAUUAUGAAAUAAAGUCACAAAUAAAGCUAUGUAUACACCACGUGUGAAUUUAGCUGGCAAGCAAUGAAAUCAUGUAACCACAUUUUACCACAAAUGCAAACAAAACAAAGUAUGCACAUCUCCAAUAUACAACAUAAUGCUCCUGAAUACACAUAAAACAAAGGAAGAUUAUAACUUACAAGCGAUUCUUGUAUAAGGCACAAACAACGUGGUAAGACGGCAAGAACUGCUAUGGUACACUGGCUGCAGACGUUAGCUAUGUCACGACCCAUGUACAAAAUAUGCAGCGCAGGGUGCGUCAAAAAACCAGAAACUCAGGCAGGCAAUCAGUGUACAUGACAGCACUGCCAUAUACGUAUAUAUAUUGGCCCAAGACUGAUUAUAUAAAAAACGAUGUCGAUAUUAUUCAAUAUCAUUUUAAAAUGCUAUUAUCGGCCGAUAUUGUCAGCUACCCGACAAUAACGGGCAACUCUAGUUGGGAGUAUAUAUCCACCAAUGUCGAGCUUUUAAAAACAAGUUAUCUUUUGAAAUGUCUUUGAAGGCUGUCCAUGGCUUGAAAUAAUUGGGGACAGCUGUACUAUUCUGAAAAAUUAUAUAUGUACCGGUAAUAAAUAUAUAUAAUAUUGUCAUUGACUAUUUAGCUCCGGCUGGUCCUUCGUUACAUUAUAGUAAAAAAAAAAAAAAAUUGUCUUUCGAGAGCUAAUGCUUACCUGCCAUCCUCACCUAUAACAAAAACAUAGUUUGUUGGCAUGCGAAAGCCCUCCACAAAGUUGCAAUAAAAUCUGUUUAAAAUUUGGGCAUUUUCCUGUAUCUGCCCUAUGUCCUGAUUUCGUAUGUCAAAAUAACUUGUAGUAAAAAAAAAAAAUUAAAAAUCUGCUUUAGCUGUUUUCUCUUUCACAACACUGUACAGUACUGUUGUUUUAUCUCCCCAAACUGGAAAGUACAAUGAUGGACAUUUGUGACAACAAAGUGUUGUCAUGUUCAAACUGAGACUAAAACAUUAGAAACUCAUGCUGGUAGUUUUGUGGUAUAAGUGGUAUAUGACUGAACCCUAUACCUUUGAGUACACUGUGUAUUUUCAUACAACUCUCUUGCCAUACUCACUGUUUCCUCAAAAUUUUCAUUCUUUUAUUCUUAGCUUACCGGAAGAAAACUUGUUCGUUUUAUUUUUAUUUACAUUUUGAAACAAAUACACUAUUACCCAGUGUUCACUGGGUCAGAAGCAAUGGACGGAGAGUGGUGCUCAGGCAAAAGACAGGAAAAGAAUGAGAAGUGAUGCCUCAAGGGAUUAACAGAAAAAAGAACUGGUGAAGAGUGAGGAAGAGGAUGAUGGGUGAAGUGCAUUUUCUAAUCGCUAUUUUGUUUAUUCUUAGCCCGCCGGGAUGGUGUGCAGCAAUGUUUGUUUAGUGUACCUAUUUUUCCCCUCCUGUUUCUCUUUAUCCUUCCAUCUUUUCAUCCCACCUUCCAACUCUUUUCCCAUUUUAUCAUCACCCUUAGAUUAUUCCUAUCUCCUUCACUCACUCUAACCUCCAUAAAAGGCAGACCCCCCACACUGACACACACAAUUACAUGAAGAGGCAAGUGACGUACAAUACCUCCCCAGGCAUAAUACCAAAAUAUAUAGUGGUCUAACACAUCACUAGGGUUGAAAUCCACAUUGUGUGGUCGAUCAGACAUACAAGGACUUGCUGCUGACUGUGAUGGAUAAGCUGAGGAAAAGGUGUGAUGGAUGAAAACUUCGGGACGCACACUGCUAGUGUGAUGGAGGCAGUGGAUGAGGUUUUGCAGGUUUUGGAGGUUUCUGAACCUGUCGUUGAGAGAGAGGAGGUCAUUGUCACAACCAUAGGAGACGACGCUAACCUUCUGUCAGGCAACGGAGCUGGAAACAAAUCAGGCCAGGAUGACAACUGGGGUGAGACCACCACAGCCGUUACCGGCACAUCAGAACACAGCCUUUCUCAGGAAGACAUUGUUCGCAUCACAAAGGACUUGGAGGACAGUGUGGGGCUGGACUGCCGUCGCUAUUUUACACUCACCCUCGCUGUGAUACUGGGCCUCCUGGUCUUCCUGUCACCAUUGGCCUUCAUGGUCCUCCCUCACCUGCUCUGGCCAGAGAAGCUGCAAAGUUGCGGCACGGCCUGUGAAGGCCUCUUCAUCUCUGUGGCCUUCAAGUUGCUCAUCCUGCUGCUUGCUGUCUGGGCCCUCUACUUCCGGCCGCCACGAGCCAGCCUUCCACGGAUAUUUGUAUUUAGAGCACUCCUCGCUGUUCUGGUUUUUCUCUUCGUGGUCUCCUAUUGGUUGUUCUAUGGCGUAAGGAUACUAGAUUCACAGGAUGAAAACUACCAGGGGAUCGUGCAAUACGCUGUGUCACUAGUGGACGCCCUACUCUUCAUUCACUAUUUGGCCAUCGUGCUGCUGGAAUUGAGGCAGCUUCAGCCCUACUAUUCUGUGUGUGUCACACGUUCCACAGAUGGAGAGACCAGGCACUACAAUUUGGGGCAACUAAGUAUUCAGCGGGCAGCACUGGCCAUAUUGGAACACUACUACUGUGACUUUGCCAUCCAUAACCCGGCUUUGCUCUCCGCUUCCAAGUCACGCGCCGCCAAGCAUCUCGCUGGUCUCAAGGUGUACAAUGUGGAUGGAGACUUCCCAGCAGCCCCCACUGAAAGUCCGGGAAACAACGCGGCCGCAGGACUGGCACAUUCCCAGUCCAGAGCCAUGAUGGCAGCUGCUGCCCACUGCAGGGACUCGAGCCACAACGAACUCUACUAUGAGGAGGCUGAGCACGAGAGGCGUGUACGCAAACGUCGAGCCCGACUGGUGGUUGCAGUAGAGGAGGCCUUUACUCAUAUAAAGCACAUGAAGGACGAGGAACAGAAGAAAACUCCCGGAGACGUGAUGGACCCACGAGAAGCAGCACAAGCUAUCUUCCCAUCCAUGGCACGGGCCCUACAGAAGUACUUGAGGACAACCAAACAGCAGCACUGCCACAGCAUGGAGAGCAUCCAACAACACCUGGCUUUCUGCAUCAGCAACAACAUGUCACCUAAGGCCUUCCUGGAGAGUUACCUGAAGCCAGGCCCUACUCUACAGUACAGCCAGAACCACUGGUUGGCCCGCCAGUGGACGUUGGUCAGCGAAGCGUCAGUCACCAGUGGCCUGAGAGACGGCACAGUCUUUGUGUUGAAGUGCACGGACUUCGGUCUGGUGGUGACCGUCAAGAAAAUCCCCUACAUUCGCAUGUCGGAGGAAUACAUUGACCCAAAAUCACACAAGUUUGUCCUGCGCUUACAAUCAGAGACUUCAGUUUAGGUUUUUUUUGUAGAUUAUUUUUGUUUUUAUUCGUCUUUUUUAUGGAUCCAUAUGUCACACACACAUUUUUUAUGUUUCUGGAUUUUUUUAUGUUGGAUUGAACUGAUGUUACAUGGAGCUGUCUGUUUAUGCUUUGUAAUGUUAUAAGAUGGAAUCAGACUAUUUAGCAACAUUGCAAAUAUUAAAGGUUGCAAAUUUUUGUUCAUCCAUUGGAUGGACAGGAUUUGGAUUUCCUAAUUGCUCUCAGAUGAUGGAUUCUCAUUCAAUACCCUCCAGUGCAUCUUCAAAACUAUUGACAAAAAAGUACCUAAUCUCUGCCAGGACUAAGAACAGUUGAAGCUAUUGAGGUUAAACUAUAUUAAAAAAAAAAAAAAAAUCUUGAAAUCUUAUUGAAUGGAAACGUGAGUUUACGUCUCCAGAUCAGGGCUGUACUCUAUUGCCACCUAGUGAGCAUUGAAUAUAACUACUGAGUGGUGAACACGAUGUGGAUGCCAAUACACUGUAUCUUUUUAUGUAAACAUAUGUAUGCACAAUAAGUUUUUUACUAAUACAUCGCUCAUGUCUCCUUUUCAUCACCAUUUGUCAUUUUAUUGCCAGGUUACGACUUGCCUUUUAAACGGCUUUAAAAUGACUCCCAACACAGAUUUUUGUAAUGGGGAACAACAUUAAAAAGAUUUUUAUGA